AUGCUAUUCGUUUGACAGUGAUCACACACAGAGCAGCGUGGAGGUGGAGAAGCUGGCCUUCCCCACAGUGGCGAUGCAUCAGCCAGGAAUCCUGGGUAGAAGAAAGCGUUCCUGGAAACCGUGGAUGGUUGCCCUCACUACCACUGCUGUUCUGUUGGCUUUGGCAAUACUCAUCGGUGUUCUCAUCUAUUUUUUGGCGUAUGAUCAGAAGACUCACUACUACAAGGCCUCCUUCUGGAUUCCCAGCAUCAGAUACAGCUCAGAUUUGUCCAAAGAGGAGUCAAAACUUCAGACUGACCUGAAACAAAAAGUCAACAAUGAGAUCGAUGUGAUAUUUCAAAGAUCCAGUUUAAAGCAUCACUAUGUUAAAUCCCAAGUUGUCAACUUUUGGCCAAGUAAUGAUGGUUUGAAAGCAGACAUACUGAUUAAAUUUCAGUUUUUCGGUAACAAUGUGGGCACUUUGAAAAGACAAGCUAAAAGCAUUUUGGACAAGAAGUUGCAAUCCACAGACAGCUUCUUGAAGAGAGACAUUUCAUCACCUUAUCUUAGAGAAAUGAAUGCAGCACAAGCAGAACAUAUUCUCAACAGCAAUUGUGGCUUGGGGAUGGAGUACCCACCCACGGCAAGAAUUGCUGAUGGCAAACCUGCAGACAAAGCUUCCUGGCCAUGGCAAAGCAGCCUGCAGGUGGACGGGAUUCACCUCUGUGGCGCUUCUCUCAUUGGCUCCCAGUGGCUCCUGACCUCUGCCCACUGCUUUGACAAUUACAAAAACCCCAAACUGUGGACAGUCAGCUUUGGGACAACCUUAAGCCGUCCACUGACGACUCGGAGGGUGGAAUCCAUCAUCAUUCACGAGAACUACGCAGCUCACAAACACGAUGACGAUAUCGCUGUGGUCAAGCUCUCCAGCCCCAUCCAGUAUUCUGAAAAUGUACGCAGAGUCUGUCUCCCUGAUGCUACUUUUCAGGUCUUGCCGAAGAGCAAAGUGUUUGUCACUGGAUGGGGAGCACUGAAAGCGAAUGGCCCCUUUCCCAAUUCUCUACAAGAGGUUGAAAUUGAAAUCAUAAGUAAUGAUGUAUGUAACCAAGUUAAUGUAUAUGGUGGUGCUGUAUCAUCAGGAAUGAUAUGUGCUGGAUUCUUGACAGGAAAACUAGAUGCCUGUGAGGGUGAUUCUGGGGGGCCUCUGGUUAUCUUACAUGAUAGCAGUAUCUGGUAUCUUCUCGGAAUUGUUAGUUGGGGAAUAGACUGUGGAAAAGAAAACAAGCCCGGAAUUUACACCAGAGUGACUCAUUAUAGGAACUGGAUUAAAUCUAAAACUAAUAUCUAAUGCAACAGCCACCCCUUUAUCCAACCUGGCAUGUCACACAGGGCCUCUGGCAAAUUGUACUCAGUAUUCAGUCUUUGUUGCCAUGUUGCUUUGUCAUCUAGUUCAAGAUGCAAAUGAGUAUGCCUCUUCCUCUUAAGUCAGAAGAGGACAGACUUUUUGUUUUUUCACAUCAAUGGAAGGGUCCCACUGACUAUGAAUGCAAAAGAUGCUGUCUGCUUCAGAAAGACUGAACAGUCUGCAAAGUGUUUGAUUACCUCCCUGCUCACCUCUGUUCUCCUACUUCAUACUUUUUUCAACUUACAGUAAUGUGGAAAUUGAAUAAAUGCUAAUUGUCCAUCCACCAUUUUUUUUCUCAAGAGAUGCCUUCCUUCUCUGAUGCCGCCAUAGAUUUUGUCUUCUUCAUCAAAAGUCCUCAUUGGCAGUUUGUUGCUCUACUGACGAGAUAGACAGAAUUAACGAGUCUAAGCCAAUGGUGACAAAAUGAUGGAGGAAGCACUGGACAUGAAGCUAGCACCCCGGAGGUUGUGAAGAGCAAUACUAUUCCCUUUCAUCUUCAGAUAAGCAUUAAACUUUUCUCUGAAAUUUUUUAUUUAUAUUUGUGCAUAUUGUUUUUUUCCUUUAGACAACUUAGCUGAUGUAUAUUUUGAAGCAGUGUACCCACCAUGUUUUUUUUAGCAUAACAUAAAAGAAGAGAUAUAGAUAUUUACUUGAAUAAAUACAUUUCUAUACUUGGAAAUAAAAAGUUAUGUUUAUUAUCCUUUUUAUUAAUGAAAUCUAAAUGUUCAGGAAUCUAAGAAGGUUACUUUCAGCUCCAUCUCUAAAAUGAGAGGUGUUAAUACUUGUAUAAAUUUAUUUUUCAAUUGUAUUUUAUUUUAUCUUAAUUUGUUUUAUUAAGCAUGUUUAUUUUUAACCAUUUUAGAAUAUUAAAUAUGAAUAGGAUGGGAAGUUAGUAUAAGUUAAUUCCAAAAAUAUAAACACCUGACAUGUGAAACUAAAGUACCAGUUGAUAUUCACAAAAUGUUUGAUACAAGAUGUUUGUCAAGAUGCUGUUGUGUGAAAUUUGAAUUUACUGUUAAGUGACAGGUAUACUCUGCAAUAGAAUAUUUAUUUAAAACAUUCAAAUAAUUAGGAGAGCAUCUCUAGAAUACCUUAAUUUUAUUGAUGAAACUGUCAUUUCCAUAUGUACUUAUUUUCACAUUUUGCAAUAUCUCAUGUGAGUAUAGAGUAGUAUCAAACCAAACUCAGACUUAUUCUGUGUACAUCUAAAUCUUUACCCUCUUUUUAAAAUUGAUGAGCUAUCUCCUGUGAUAAGGUUUUCACGGAGGUUUUGUAUCAAGUAUGA